AUGAAAACUUUCUUGCUUUUAUUCUCAAUUCUAACUACGAGUACAGCUAUUUACUGUAAUGUGGAGAUAAGUGGAAAUGGGGGAACAGAAUUUUGGUGCAACUGUGGCGAUUUCUGUUUGACAUUUCGGUAUCAGGGGAAAUCACUCGGUGGCUGUGGUUGCAAUAAUGGAUUGGCAGUGUGCCAAAAAGAGGGUUGGAACAAGUACAGAAACAAAUGGGUCUACUGCUGUGCUAAAGAUUCAUGCAACAAA